AUGUGGGUGAAUGGCAGGUAUGUGUUCUCGAGUCAGUGUGGAGGAAAGAGUACGAAGAUUGGGUGUAGUGCGAAGAAAACGGCUGAGGACUUCGCGCUGGGAUGGGGUGACACAGAGAUUUCUGAUAUAUCCAUUUCGGCUGAUAUUAUCAAGAAAUGCUCGGUGGUGAGCGUCGGGGAAUCGACAAGUAAAUUGCUGGGCGCUGCUUAUGAUCCUGCUACGAGGCAAAGGACUAUCAUGAUAUCCUCAUCGAAGACUCCCAUAGUAUGUUCUGAGGUAGCCGAAGCCCCUAUAGAUAUGGAUUUGCUGGGAGAAUAUCAUAUUAUCACUAAAUGUGGUGAAAGGGACGCAGUUGUUAAGUGCACUGAACCGGGGGCUGCUGUGAAGUUGGCUCGGUUAUGGGGUUCUUAUUCGAAUUCUGAGAUUCAAAUUGACAAGUCACUUCUGGUCAAAUGCACUGUUCCGUCGGGUACGAAGGCUCUGGUUUAUGAAGUGGCUGAGGAUGGGCAGUGGAAGGGGACGACUAGAGCUUGGGUCACUGAACAAAAAGGGCUUACUUGCGCUACCCCAGUGCCUGACUUGAAGUUCAUUGGUGAUGAAAUUUUGGUGAGGACGACGUGUGGAGCGGAGGUUUUGGAGAUGAGCUGUGGAGGGCUGGAGGGCAUAAAGGAAACUAUGAGGAUUGUCACUAGAUGGGGCGAAAACCCGAAUCCUAAGAUAAUAAUCAGUAAAAAGGUGAUGGAGCAGUGCAAGGGACUGCUGACUAACGCUGGUGAUGAGGAUAUAGUGGAGUCGGCUUGGUUACGUGUGAACAGUGACGGGUCGCAUAUUGAGAGAUUCUUAUGGACUGCAGAGGCUAUCCAGUGCGAUUACGGUGUGAAGAGUGCAAUGACACUAUCGGGUGACAGUGUUAAGGUGACGACGCAGUGUGCAGGGAAGGAAGGCGCUGUGGUUGUGAGCUGUGACGGUGGCGACUUUGGAGCUGCACGGGAGUUCGCAAAGAACUGGGGAGGAUGGGACAACCCGGUGGUGGUAUUAGAUCCGGCUCUGUACUCGUCCUGUGCGGUCGAAGUAGAAGAUGAUAGUGCACGAAAGCCAAUCGGGAGUAUUACUUAUAAUAUCGACACUCAUGACAGGAAUGUUGUGUUCCCAGACAGAAGUCAUGAGACUUGUGGGAGUCCAAGUGGGCCGCCGGUCUUGGUGGUAGAUGAUGAUGAUGAUGUUGGUUUAUAUCUUCUCCACGUCCCUUGUGAUAACCGUGUUGGCAUUACCUGUAGUCUGCCUGGUAACGCUGUGGACAUUUCUACCUUCUUCGGCUAUCAAACUAGGGAGAUUACGGUACGAGAAGUGAAGAAGUGUAAGGCUAAGUCGAGUGGUAUGUCCCCUUUGGGAGCCUCUGUUGACAUCGACGCUGAUGGUAAAACGUGGCCUUCGUCGUGGGAGCCUAUGAUAGCCUCGGGAGAGGACUCGGAUGGAGAGCCUAUACCACUUAACAGCACUAGAAGGAGACCCAGUGGAUCGCCUGAGCGAGUGUUAAAACGGGAGGUGGUCGACAGCGAUGAGGAUCCUGUGUAUAGAGAAUGGCAUUUCUGGAUUGAACUCGAGUUCAAACCAACGCGAACUGAAUGCCAAGAUACGGAGUGUAUCGUCUACGAUCAUCUAGACUGUGGGGAUGUGGCGACGACGUUGUUCCUGUCGAAGUGGUGGCUUGGGAAUACUGAUGCUAGGGUGAGGAUAGACGACCCGAUCAUGGAGCACUGUGGAGGGCCUGUGGGAGCAUCUAGGCUCGUGGACCAGCGAGAACUACCGUAUGACGCCAAGGAUCCUCUAGAGUGUAACGCGGUGACACUGCCUAUCAUGAUGGAUGCUAGCAAUGGGUAUGUGGUGACAGCGGACUGUGGUCCUAGGAGGGAUAGUGUCACCAUGGUUACCUGUGAUGGGCUUGAAUGGGCACAGCUCUUUGCUCACGGAUGGGGGGAUAUGGAGAAAGCAGGAGUGGCGCUGCCGACUGAGGUGAUAGAGAGCUGUAAGCAGGGCUUGAUAGGCGAUCGAGAGGUUGAGCUCACUGGAGCUUACUAUGAUGAUGAAACACGAUAUUUGAUAUUCGCUUCGAUGGAGUCUCCGAUAGAGUGUGGUGCUGUGGUGGACGCUCCUGAGGAUAUGGAUCUGGUUGAUGAGUACCACGUGAAGGUUGACUGUGGAGGAAAGGACGGAGUUAUUUUGAGAUGUGAUGAUGCUGGCAGUGCGGUGACUAUGGCUUUCCAGUGGGGGAAGUACCCGAAACAAGAGGUUCGGGUGAGCAGUGAGUUACUACUGCAGUGUGACGAUCUACCCAAUGGACAAGUACUGGACGAUUUGACCUACGAUGUUGGCAUGGACGGCAAGUGGCAGGGAACACCGAGACGUUGGGGCGAUGCUGUGUGUAGUACACCAGUACCGGACUUGGUCUUUAGAGGGGACAGGAUAUACAUUAUAACGGCUUGUGGACACUCUAAGGAGGAGAUCUCGUGUGGUGGACUUGAUAGUGUUGGAACUAUGCUGAGGAUAGCUGCUCGGUGGGGUGAACACCCGGACCCUAGGAUCAUGAUAGAUGGAUCGGUGGUUGGACACUGUAGGGAUGUGGAGAACUUGAAUGGAGGGGCUUUGACUGAGGCCUGGAUAACUGCUGCUAUUGACGGCAAAGUCUCGGGCAGAUUCCUGAAGACUACUACUACAUACGACUGUUAUUAUGGUGUAAAGAGACCACUUGUGGUCAAUGGAGAUUCUAUCAAUAUGAUGACUAAGUGCAGUGGAGUUCAGUCGGAAGUGUUGGUCCAGUGCGAUGAUACCAGCGCUGUGGAAUUCGCCGAGAACUGGGGAGGUUUCGAUGGGAGUGCAGCGAUCGGUCUCGAUGGGUCGAAGUACGAUUCCUGCAAAGUGAAGCCAGUGGGUAGGGAGGAAUAUGAGAGUAUCAGCGUAGUGCUCAUGGACUUGGCCACCAAAGCGAAGAUGAUGCAAUUUGGAAGUGAGGACACUCCGGUGGUUUGCAAGUCGACUAGCACGACGCCUCCGGUUGUGAUUGUGAAGAAGGGCACGACAACUGCUAUAUAUCGAUUCAGCUUGGAGUGCGCUGCUGGUGAAGUGACAGUCUCAUGUACAGAGGCUGGUGACGCGGUGAACCUGAAUACCUUCAUGGGCUUCCCUACUCGAGAGGUUGCAGUACCAGAAACGACUCAGUGCAAAAGCAAGCAUGGUGUGAAUCCUCUGAGUGCUACCAUAGAAAUCGCUGCUGACGGGUCGGAGGGGUUGAGGUACCUCACGUGGCCUAAGGAGUACAUAGUGGAACAUGAACCAAAGCCUGAGGUUCCCCCUCUACCUGUUACCCCAGCAUCGAGUCCUUCUCGGGGGCCUGGUUUCGAGAGCUCUGCUCGAGCCAACUAUGGGGGAUUCCGCUAUUCUGAAGGAGCACCCACUCGUGUUGGGAAGCAACACCCACAUGCAAACACACAACGUAGAGGCGGCCACCAUGGGAAACCAUCUAACAACAGGGUGUUCCCACGGAGAGCGGAAAACCAUGGUAGGGGAACCAUACCACGCCUUCCUCACUUCGGCCAACUACCUAGCUUCAUCGAAAUCGGGCCGGGCUCGAACUCGGAGUCUCGUAAAGCCGUUCGCCCUAUGACUGGUGAUCCCAUUUAUCGAGAUUGGUAUUUCGGGAUUGACAUUGACUAUGUCGUGAGUGGAUGCUCUUCUGGAGAGAACUGUGCUGUUGUUGAACAUCUCGACUGUGGGAGUGUCGAGAACACUUUGUAUGUUGCCACUUGGUGGGGUGGUAGGAAGAAUUCUAGGAUCCGCAUAGACGAUUCCAUCAUGGAGCAUUGUGGAGGUCCAUUGGGUGCAUCGAGGGUGGUCGGCCAACGGGAGCUACCGCUCGAUCCAGCAAGGCCUCUUUCGUGUGCGCCGGUCACAACACCUAUCAUCAACCGUGGUGCGAAGGGCCACGUAGUGGUUGCUUAUUGUGGACCACAGUUCAAGGAGAGGCACGAGGUUCGCUGUGACGCCCCUAUUUGGGCUCAGCACUUUGCUUACGGCUGGGGUGACUCUGAUAAUAGCGGAUUGGACAUAUCAGCUGAUCUCGUUAAGGCAUGUCGAAAGGUCACAGUAGAGCAUAUAGAUAACCUUCACACGCUGCUGUCGGCGUCGCUGAAGGGUGCCACGAUAAGGCCUGGUAGCAGCAAUGACGGGGACAACUUCAGGACUAAAAGGGAACUCAAGUUAACGUUCCACGUGUCACCAUAUCGAUAUGAGCCAUCUAUAUUCCAUUAUCAAUGUGAACGUGUGACUACUGCGGUGGAGAUCCCUGAACAGCCCGGUGCCCCACGAGUGGCCUCCGUCAGAGCCCUCUGUGAUUUCGAUGACUCCCAUAAGGCCUUUGUGAAGUUGGAAUGCCCUGAGUCGGCAGCUAUCACAUUUGCUAUCAAAUGGGGAGGAUUUUCCCAGCGUGCGGUUGGUCUUGGUCCUGAGAUCAUGUCUCAUUCGACCAAAGUGGUCCGUGGGUCUGAGGAUUUGGGACCGGCCAUAGCUGCUACUAUGGGGGAGGAUAGAGGCAAAUACUACUUACAGACUAAGAACGCUCCUGGCGUGUUCGUCUGCGAUAAGGCGGAAGCCAAGAUUGUACAGACUGAGGACCUGCAGUUCACUAUAACCGUAUCGUGUCCGUCGCAUAUCGUGGACUCGAGAGCCCAGGCGAACGCUGAGGCUAGGCUGACAGUUUACUUUGAUGACCCCUACGCUGCUAUCGGCUUCCUAGUUAGAUGGGGAAGAGUUACCGAUGCCAAGGUUGAGUCAUACUACGCCACUAAGUUCACUUCACCCGCUCCACAGGUGACCGUCAAGAAUUCCCUCCCAGAAAUACACGUUGAUAACCACAUUUGCAGUUGUCCAGCCAAAGCCCCUAUAGUGUAUUCCCCUCGAGGGGAGGCUCGAGUGACCUUCUCGAGCAAGCCACUGAUCACAGUCACUUACAAGGACCGUAUGGUUGCUAUGGCGGCUGCUAUGAUGGCCGGCCAUAGGCUGUCGGAAAUUGUAUUGGACACUAACAUCACUCACCAUGUCACACACAUUAGUGUUGAUGAUAAUGUCUAUAUGGGGAAGGAGGAAGAGCAUCCUCUCAAGCGUGUGGCGUUGCUCAUUUCUGGCGAAAACAACAAAGUCGAUGAUCACAUUAUUGAGAUGCUGCGCCCUGACCUGGUAAGUGGUCCUCUGGAAGACUUCGGCCUGAGACGGUAUCAUUCUGUGGCCUACAACUGUGGUCGGCAGUCCGGGGUAGCUGUCGAUGGGCUGACAUACACAGUUAAAUGUGAAGAGGGUGAACUCCCACAAGGUUCCCGUCACCAUUACUCUGCUCAUUUGACCAAUACUUCUCGCAAGGCGGUGGACAUUACUUUGAAGUUCGACGACGCUCAAGCUGUGACGGCUUUCGUAUCGUUCUGGACGGACGAUCAGAGGGAUGCAGGCCCGAAUGGGGAGGUGGAUGCCGGUGUAGUGGCAGCGCCACCGAUAAAUGGGCGACGGGACACUGCUAUCAUUAAUGCUGUUGAGAGACCCGAUGAGUCGAGGCUCAGCACAGGUCUUCGUGAAGUAGGUUCUCCUGAGUCAACUCCCGUUAAGAUGAAUACUACUCACCCGGCUAUUGUCGCUGAUGAGAGUGAGACCGAAUCGCCAACACUCGUUGAAGAUAAGAAAGUUCGUCGUCAUGUUGUGCGGCAUAAUAUAAAUAAUGCCAACAAGUAUAGAAUGCGUGCAUCUGUGUCUGAGUGA